UGGGGUAGUUUAUAGAGUCUAUAAAUAUAUAGUGAAUGUGUAGCGAUAUUUGAUUGUGAAAUCUGCUUUGAUGGCUGCGAAUUGUGAACUAGACUUAAUGUGAGAGUUGGCUGUGAGGCAGGUAGAAUAAAUCCGAAGAAUAGAAGUAUGUGCACGUGGCUUCGAAGAUUAUUUGCUUCUUCGUCGCAAGGAUUGUGUUUUAUUUAUUAAAAUAUCGUAUAUUAGAAAAGUGUUACUGUGAUUUUAAUUCUACACUAAGAAGAGAAUUACUCCAGAGAAAAAUAAAAUGGAUGACAAUAUAACAAAUAUUCAUCUUACAUGUGAACCUUUAACAAAUAUGUUUACUUGUUCAACAUGUCAUAUAACAUUCAAAGAUUCAGAUGCGCAUUCGGUACAUUACAAAUCUGAAUGGCACAGAUAUAAUCUGUAUAGGAAGAUGAGCGGAUUAUCUCCACUUACACUUGAAACGUUCGCAAAAAGGAGUACAGUUUAUAGCACAGGCAGCGGCAACAACAAAGACAACAAAGAGAAAGAAAAGAAAAUUCAGAAGUGUAUAUUGUGCCAAAAGAAGUUUGGCAGUGUAAAACAAUACAAUAAUCAUUUGGUCUCAAAGAAUCAUAAGAAAAUGGAAGAGCAAAAUAAAGAUAACGUUAAUAAAAAUCUGAAAAAUGUGGAGAAUAAAAUGGAUACAGAUUCGGACAUAGAGUCUCUGGAUUCGGAAGAGUGGCUCGAUGACUUGGAAAAUCCUAUUGAACGAAAUGAUUGUUUGUUUUGCGACCAUCACAGUAGAUCUCUAACACUUAAUUUAAAACAUAUGAUGGUGAAACAUUCAUUCUUUGUGCCUGAUCUUGAGUAUUGCAUUGAUAAAAGAGGCUUAUUGACUUAUUUGGGAGAAAAAAUAUAUAGCGAGUACAAAUGUAUCUGGUGUAAUGACUCAGGUAGACAAUUGCAAAGCGUGGAAGCAGUGAGGUCCCACAUGAUUGAUAAGGGUCAUUGCAUGAUGUUGUUCGAAGGGGAAACGCUGCUCGAAUAUAUGCAAUUCUAUGAUUAUUCCUUGAGCUAUCCAGAUGCUGAAGAUGCCGAUCCGGAUUCGGAACCACCGAAAAUGGAGCUGAGCGUCGAGGGUUACGAAUUGAAAUUACCGUCCGGCAAGGUGAUAGGUCACCGUGCCUUAAUGCGCUAUUACAAGCAAAAUCUGAGCCUUGAACCGGUCACGAAGACUAGGACGAACGAGGAGAAAAUACGCAAGUUAAUGAUGCAAUAUAGAGCACUUGGCGAUGCGAAUAUGCAGGUGGAAGCUUCCCGAAGGAGAGCUCGGGAUGUGCAAUAUUUGCAGAGAGUUCAAACUAAGUAUUCAACGCAGCUGCAAUUCAAGCAAAACAAAUUGCAAAAGCACUUUAAAAGACAAACAAACUUUUUUUAGAAUCAUUUGCACUAUUAGAACAUAUCUGAUAUUUAAUGGAAAUUCUAGCUAAUUUAUUUUUGUUUUCAAAAAUAUAUUUUAUCUUUAAAAAAAAGAAAAAAGGUAAACAGAUUUUUAAAAUUAUAUAUCAGAUCUGUUCUACGAAUUAAAAUUUUCGAGAAGAAUUUCUCAAUAUAUUUUGGGCACAAGAAGACUCGAUAUUUUAUCAUUGUAUGCAUACAAAAACAAAUAAACUCAAUUUGGCAAUAUUAA